AUGGUUGUGAAAAUGAAUUGGUCGAGAGUAAUAAUCUUAAUUGGAUUUAUUCUUGGAAUCAAAGCAAUGGAUAUGGAUGAUAUGGAUGGACCUAAAGAAUUUCAUCCUAUUAAUCCUGAAUCCAAGACAUUUCAUUGGAUACUUUCAUUAGCAGUUCUUUUGAUCUUACCAUCUAUUGCGUCAGUUUUAGCUUUUGCUAAUAGGUUACAUUUAUCCUUGAUAUUGAGUAUCAUACUGACGGGAUAUUCUAUUUUUGAAACUUUGUUCCUUGAUUUCCCUGAUAACAAGGAUGACCAUGAAAAUAGAACAAGUAAAGGAACUUCAUGGUUCUUGAGUAUUUUAUUGGGUCUUACAAUCUUCGUUGGUUCGGUCAUCAAUGGAUCUAAUAUCAUUAUAAAUAAGUAUUAUCCUCAUUUAGCUUCAGAUCCUUCCAAGAGCAGGAGUGUAGUGUUGAUGAGAUUGUACAAAUGUUUGACUUUUGUUGCUGUGUUAACUGGUUGGGUAAGAAUCUGCAUGGCACCUAUUGCAUUAUUCGGCUUUUGUUAUGGCAAACAUACCGGCCAAUGUCUUGCACAUGGGAUCAUGGGGACAGCUUUUAUUGUCUACGGGUUUGCAUUAUCUUUGAUUUUAGUGGUACCUUGGUUCCGUAAUAGAUCAAAUGGUAAGCCUCAAGAAUUUUAUGAUUCUUUAGUCAUGUGUGUAUGGGGGAUUGUUAAUACUUUCACUGAACAUAGAUGGGGAAAAGAGCCAUGGAAUAUGGGUGAUUAUGAUCAUACAAGUAUGGGAAUUGUUUGGUGGUGUGGUGGUUUAUUAGGAAUGUGGUUAUCAAGAAAAGAUAAGCGAUCUUUCAUUCCAGCCAUACUCUUGAUUUAUACUGGUUGGUCAAUGUCUCAACAUGUUCAGCAUUUGGAAUUGUCAACCAAAGUUCAUGCUAUGUUUGGAUUGGUAUUGAUGGGAAGUGGGUUCAGUAGAAUUAUUGAAAUAUCUUUUGUGUUGAAGGACAAUUAUUCUAGUGAUAGUGGUAAGAUUAUUUCAUUCCAAUACUUCCCACCAUUUUGUCUUGUUUUAUCAGGCUUAAUGUUCAUGGGUGCCAACGAAGAGCAGUUGAUAUUAGUUCAUGAAUUAGCUGCACCUUAUCCUGCUUAUGUUUUAACUCUUGUGGGUGCAGGUUGUAUGAUAUUUUUAUGGAUAUUACUAUUGAUCAACUUUUAUUUGAGAUUGGUUGGUUACGAUGAAGAUGGUGAAUUAGAUAAAGGCUAUCAAUCAGUGGGUCCUAAUGAGGUUGAACAAUUUGAAUUAUCGGAUUUAUCCGAUGGAGAGACCCCCCAAUCCAGAGAUUGA